AUGGAAAUGGAGAUCGGCUCGACAGGCGCCACCGCAGCAUCCACCAACUUCUCGCUGCCGGUGGACUCUGAGCACAAGGCCAAGUCCAUCAAAAUCUUCUCCUUCGGCAACCCACACAUGCGUGCAUUCCACCUUGGAUGGAUGUCCUUCUUCACCUGCGUUGUCUCCACCUUCGCCGCCGCGCCACUCAUCCCCAUCAUCCGCGACAACCUCAACCUCACCAAGGCUGACAUCGGCAACGCUGGGGUCGCCUCUGUUUCUGGCGCCAUCUUCUCAAGGCUGGCCAUGGGCGCCAUCUGCGACCUUCUUGGCCCACGCUAUGGUGGUGCUUUCCUCAUCAUGCUUUCCGCACCAGCAGUGUUCUGCAUGUCCGUCAUCGACAGUCCCGCCGGAUACAUCACUGUACGCUUCCUCAUCGGUGUCUCACUUGCCACCUUUGUGUCAUGCCAAUACUGGAUCAGCACCAUGUUCAAUAGCAAGAUCAUUGGGACAGUCGGUGGCUUAACAGCGGGGUGGGGAGACAUGGGUGGAGGUGCCACACAGCUCAUCAUGCCCUUCGUCUUCGAUGCCAUCAAGGCAUGUGGUGCGACGCGUUUCACCGCGUGGCGCAUCGCCUACUUCGUGCCAGGAAUGAUGUUGGUGGUGAUGGGCUUGCUCGUGCUCACCUUGGGACAGGACCUUCCUGAUGGCAACCUAAGGAGCCUCCAGAAAAAUGGUGGCAUGAACAAGGACAAGUUCUCCAAGGUUCUACGGGGCGCCAUCACCAACUACCGUACAUGGAUCUUUGUCUUCAUCUAUGGCUAUUGCAUGGGUGUCGAGCUCACCUCAAACAACGUGAUUGCCGGGUACUACUACGAUAGUUUCUACCUCGACCUUCGAAAAGCAGGUAUCAUUGCCGCCUGCUUUGGCUUGGCCAAUAUCUUUGCACGCCCCAUGGGCGGGUACCUCUCUGACCUUGGUGCUCGGUACUUCGGCAUGCGUGCCCGACUCUGGAACAUCUGGAUCCUCCAGACUGCUGGUGGAGUCUUCUGCCUUUGUCUCGGUCGUGCAUCCACCCUUCCCACCUCCAUAGCAUGUAUGGUCCUGUACUCCAUAUGUGUUGAGGCUGCAUGCGGCGCCGUCUAUGGUGUCAUCCCCUUCGUCUCCCGCCGCUCCCUCGGGCUCGUCUCAGGCAUGACCGGUGCAGGCGGUAAUGUGGGUGGCGGUCUCACACAGCUCCUCUUCUUCACUUCAUCGCAAUACACCACCGGCAAAGGACUCCAGUACAUGGGCAUCAUGAUCAUGGCGUGCACGCUCCCCGUCAUUCUCGUGCACUUCCCACAGUGGGGCUCCAUGCUUGUCCCUCCCAGCGCGGACGCCACCGAGGAGGAGUACUAUGCCGCCGAGUGGACGGAGGAGGAGAAGGGCAAGGGCCUCCACAUGGCUGGCCUAAAGUUCGCCGAGAACAGCAUAUCCGAGCGUGGCAGACGCAAUGCCAUCCUCGCCGUACCUGCUACCCCGCCCAACAGCACGCCACAACACGUGUAAGACGUUAGUGUUUUUUUUUAC